AGGCAGUUCUCUACGUCACGGCAUGAAUGGACUGCAUUGUGCUCUCCAGUCUCCAGCAGGCUCCACCCUAGUCCACUUGAGGCACUGACGUCAUGACACUCAAUUUGCCCACAUCCUGACGGCCUCAAGUGCCCAUCCUUCACGCCAGCCUGCCGCCCUCCGUCCCACUUGUGUCCUGAACUAAUCUAGCCAGCUGUCACUGCACUGCUCGGAUCACAAGGUCUUCACACCCCAGUCAACAUCCCAGUCAGCACCAGUCCUUCAGAGGCACACAACACCAGUCUUUCAGUGUGCCCAACUCAAGCCCCCGCCCCUCCCGUAGAGAACAGCGCCUCGGCCUCUGAGACCAGGCCAGGGUAUGCUCAGCACAUCUCCAGACAGCUUCCCUGAGUGUUCCUGCAGGACUGGUCUUGGGGUGUGCUGGGAGCAAUGCUGCAGUGGAGGGCUGAGGCUGGGCAGCAGCAUGAGUGUGCAGCAGCAGCAGCAGCAGCCUGCCUCAGGUGUUAAGAGGUCCAAGCAAGUUAGCAAGGAGCACUCAGAGGCAGGCAGCUCUGGCCACACAAGAGAGACAGAGUUUGUGUGUCAGCAGUGUGAUAAAAAUUUUGCAUCCAAAAAAGGGGUUAAACAACACACCCUGACACACACUGGUGUUAAAAAUUAUGAGUGUCUGGAAUGUGGAAAGAAAUUUAUCAGAAAGACUGGCCUCACCGCACACACCCUGACACACAGUGGUGUUAAAAAUUAUGAGUGUCUGGAAUGUGGAAAGAAAUUUGCCCAAAAGGGUCACCUCACUACACACAGCCUGACACACGGUGGUGUUAGAAAAUUUGAGUGUCUGGAAUGUGGACAGAAAUUUCUUGAGAAGGGUCACCUCACCAAACACACUGUGAGACACACUGGUGUUAGAAAUCAUGAGUGUCUGGAAUGUGGAAAGAAAUUUAGCCAAAAGAGUAGCCUCACCACGCACACCUUGAGACACAGUGGUGUUAGAAAUUAUGAGUGUCUGGAAUGUGGGAAGACAUUUGCUCAAAAGUGUCACCUCACCACACACACCCUGAUACACACUGGUGUUAGAAAUUAUGAGUGUCAGGAAUGUGGACAGAAAUUUAUCAAUAUGGGUCACCUCACCAGACACACCUUGGCACACACUGGUGUUAAAGAUCAUGAGUGUGAAGAGUGUGGUAAAAGAUUUACUACCACUGCUGAGCUCAACAGACACACCUUCAGACACACUGGCUUGAGGGAGUUCAAGUGUGAUGUUUGUGGCAAGUGUUUCAAGACUAAGGAUGACAUUACCAAGCACAUGAGAAUCCACUUUUGAGGUGGUGUGUUGUGAGGACCAGUGGGGCCACACCCAUGCCUGAGGUGAUGGUGGACAGUGUGUUACAUCAUGAAGUAUGUCUGUGGUGGGACACACUCUGCUUGCCAAACUUGGUCCAUCAAUGAGACUCUGGUUUCUAAGCCUGUCAGUGUAUUGAGGAUCUUGCCAUUUGGAGCUGUGUGUUGGAGGACGUGGAGACAAUGGUUUGAGCGUGGGUCUCUCUCAGCAUCAUCCCACCUUGCCCGGCCAGACUGUGGUGUGAGGGAUCUCAGCAGCCAAGGAGUCAGUAGUCUUGUGCCUUCCUCCUGGUGAAAGGACUUGACUUCUGUCCUCCACGCCCUUGACUGUGACUCCUCAGCAAACAGGAAACUAUUGCAGUGAAGGAGAUUUGCCAGCUCACAUCCUGCCGACAACCUCAGCUGGUGCCUUGCCUCGUCAGUGUCAUGUUAGGAGGAGGAUGUCUACAGCCAGUACUGCCUGCUGCUGCUACCAUCCUCUCUGUAAUCUAAGCUGGUGUAGCUGACCACAGUAGGAGUAUAAUGGAGGGUGUCUACAGCCAGUGGUGGUGCUGCUGCAAUACGUCUUGCAAGCUGGAUGCAAUAGAAACUGUCAGCUGAUUCAAGUAUAGUGUGUAGUCCAGGAUGCAUUGCUAUAUAUUGUAUGAUUUUUAUUAUUAUUAUUAUUAUAUAGCAAAGUGGUUAUCGGGUGUAAAAUAUUUGGUGGUGACAAUUCAUCCCUUAAGGCGUAAAAAUUGACAUAGAAAUGUAUUGAGUUAUGUCUCUUGCAAAAUAGAUGAGUUUUCUGGUGGUAGAGGAAGAAAAGAGUGGUCAGGAUUGACCCAGCUCAGCUAAAACAUUAGUCAAAGUUAAUGGUGAAACUUGCACAAAGAUUCCUGUACACGUGCACAUAAUGGGGAAUUACAGUACCAUGCAAAGAUAUGCCACCUUGUGGCUAGGUGGUCACGUAUUUAUGGGGAAAAAAAAAAAAAGGCAUUUAUAAGGGUGAAGUAAAAUUGGACAUAAUUUAUGAGCAUUCUAUGACGUGGAAUCAUAAAUGCCUUUUUUUUCCAUACAUGUGUGACCACGUACCCAGAGAUAGCAUAUCUUUGUCUGGUACUGUGUGUGCAAGUUUCACCUUAAUCGAUGACAAAUCUCUUUUAGCUGGGCUGGACAUUUAUCAACCCUGACACCUUUUUUCCUCUACCCCGGAAAAAUUCAAUUUAUUUGCAAAAAAAUAAUUUCCACAGCAUUUUUUUGGAGUAUCAGUUGUCAAAUGAAACAAGAUAGUAGGUAAAAUAUUCUUGUUUUUCUACAAAGUUAAUAAUAAAUAGACACAUUACACAAUAGAAAAGACAUUGCAUUUAUUUGAAGUACACAUUUCUAUAAAGACAUUGCAUUUAUUUGAAGAACACAUUACACAAUAUUCUAAACAUGGUAUUUAUUUUCAUUGUACAGAUGGUAAUCCUGGCCAUACGACUUUCUCAGUAGCAACAUUUGGCAGCCCUGCACCAGAUGAAGGCUUCACUUUUC